ACCGAUUGCCGCGCAUGCGCACUGGAACUUUCCAGCGAGUGUCAGUCCGCGAGCCGAGCGGAGUCGUCCAGAAUUCCGCCAUGAACCCCGACCUGCUCUCGGAGCGUCAAGGCGCCUCUUUCGACAUCGAGAAGCUCACCGUCUUCAUCGAUGGCGGGGAGGAGCGGACCACCAAGAGACGGCAGAUGGAGGGCCUGGCGGUGAACGACCCCGAGAUGCGUCACGACGACCUGAACUUCCUGUCACGGAGCGAGCGCUACGACGUGGCGGUGCGGAAGAGCGCCCUCAUGGUGCGCCGGAUGCAGCAGAACGGCAUCACCGACCCCGAGGAGAUCUACUGGUACAAGAGAGCUUGCCACCGGAACAGGGCGGAGCCCCUGGACCUGCACCUGGGCAUGUUCCUGCCUACUUUGCUGCACCAGGCAACGCCUGAGCAGCAGGAGCAGUUCUUCAUGCCAGCCUGGCAGCUGAAAAUCAUCGGCACCUACGCCCAGACCGAGAUUGGGCACGGCACCUUCAUCCGCGGCCUCGAGACCACCGCCACGUUCGACGCCGCCACACAGGAGUUCGUGCUGCACAGCCCGACCGUCACCUCCAUCAAGUGGUGGCCGGGCGGCUUGGGCAAGACGUCAAACCACGCGGUGGUGCUGGCCCAGCUGUACACGCGCGGCAAGUGCCACGGCCUGCACGCCUUCAUUGUGCAGCUGCGCGACAUGGAGACACACCAGCCGCUGCCCGGCAUCGUCGUCGGCGACAUCGGCCCCAAGUUCGGCUACGACGAGGUGGACAACGGCUUCCUCAAGUUUGAGCACGUGCGCGUGCCGAGGAAGAACAUGCUGAUGAAGUAUGCCAAGGUGGAGGAGGACGGCACGUACGUGAAGCCGCCCAGCGACAAGCUGACGUACGGCACCAUGGUGUUCGUGCGCUCGAUGAUCGUGAGCGACGCGGCGCGGGCGCUGUCGCAGGCCUGCACCGUCGCCAUCCGCUACAGCGCUGUGCGCCGCCAGUCCGAGAUGACGCCCGGGGCGCCCGAGCCCCAGAUCCUGGACUACCAGACGCAGCAGUACAAGCUGUUCCCCCUGCUGGCGACCGCGUACGCGUUCCAGUUCGUAGGGGCGUACAUGCGCGCCACAUACAUGCGCAUCUCCGGAGACAUCAACCAAGGAGAUUUCCGAGAAAUGCCUGAGCUGCACGCCACGUCUGCCGGCCUGAAGGCCUUCACGAGCUGGGCGGCCAGCAGCGGCAUCGAGGUGUGCCGCAUGGCCUGCGGCGGCCACGGCUACUCGUGCUCGAGCGGCCUGCCCGACCUAUACGUCACCUUCACCUCGGCCUGCACCUACGAGGGAGAAAACACCGUCAUGAUGCUGCAGACCGCCAGGUACCUGAUGAAGAGCUACAGCCAGGUGCGCGCCGGCAAGCCUCUGAGCGGGCUGGUGUCGUACCUCAACGAGCUGUCGCACGGCGGCCGCGUGAGACCUCGGGCGGUCGGUGGCGGCGGUGGCGGUGGUGGGGACAUUGCCGACCUCGCUGGGCUGGUGCUGCUCUACGGGCAGCGUGCCGCCGUGCUGGUGGAGUCGGCCGCGAGGAACAUGCAGGCGGAGCUGAGCGCCGGCAGGAGCCCCGAGGAGGCGUGGAACGGCGCCUCCGUGGACCUGGUUCGCGCCUCCGAGGGUCACUGCUACUACGUGGUGGUGAAGACGUUCGUGGAGAAGCUGGCCGAGGUGAGCGACCACGCCGUCCUCGCCGUGCUCACCGCGCUCUGCCAGUUGUACGCGCUCUACGGCGUCACCCAGCAUGGACGCGACUUCCUGGAGGCGGGGCUGCUGACGCCGCAGCAGAUGGAGGGAGCGAGCCGCGCCGUCAAGGCGCUGCUGUCGAGGCUGCGCCCCGACGCCGUGGCGCUGGUGGACGCGUUCGACUUCCACGACGACAUCCUGGGCUCCGUGCUCGGACGCUACGAUGGCAACGUGUACGAGCACCUGUUUGAGUGGGCCAAGCGCUCCCCGCUCAACAAGACGCAGGUCCACGAGUCGUUCUACAAGUACAUCAAACCCAUGGCCUCGUCCAAGCUGUGACGGGGCUGCCCCGGCGACCUGCGCGAGUGGCGACGUGUUCGAGCUCCGUCCCCUUCCCGGUCUCCAGCUGCCGCCGGCGGACACGUGCCCGUGCAGUGGCGACCGGGAGGCUCCGGACCGCGCCAACCCCCGACCCGCUCUCGAGCCAAACGUCGGCGCUCGUCGACCCGCGAGCAACGACGGAAACGCGUUCGACCACGUCGCUUCACCGAGCUCCCCCCCCCCCCCCGCCGCCCCCCCCCCCCCCGGACACACCAAAAAAACGCGCGCAACCGCGACGCUGGCAGACGACCGCGACGCACGCAGCCCGCGGCGAGCCCCCCACAGUCGCGGGGGGCUCGCCGUCCUGGCCCACGGCGCUCGUGGCACAAGGGUGGCAUCCGCGGAGACCCAACCGCGUGGCGCUUAGAACGGCAACGCGCCACAACCCUCCGCCGCAGCUCCUCGCCGCGACCACGAUUACCCACCCAGCACCCGACCGCCCCAACUGGGCACCUGCGAAAAAGGGGAGUUUUUUUUCUGCAGCUCGUCGGAUUCCUCCAGUACAUCAAUAGAUAUUCCCAUCCUGACGUUGACCGUCACCCACGACGCUCGGCCACGACCGCACGCCGCACCAAACGCCCGCCGCACCGUCCGUACGCAACAUCAUUCAGGAGAGCCGUCCGCAACCACGGGGUCCAUCACACAACAGCCCGUGCGUGUCGCCCCCCUCCCCCCCCCCCCCCCCCCCCCCCCCCUUUGAAAAGGGCCGCGCAGGGAAAAUCCCGCCCGCCCGCCCGCCCUCUAAUCCUGCAAAUCGAGCCGGUGAUUUCUCUAGUUUUUUCUAUUAUCAAAGUGACACUUUAGAAAAAUUCGUUUUUAGAAGACGCAGAUGACGGCACUCGGCCGGUGCCUGGGUCUUGCCCUGCGUGGCACGGACCCACUCUGCCGCCCCCCCCAACCCCCCCCCCCCACCGCCGCUGCUGCUAUUUUUGUGAAAUCAUAAUCUCCCGAUCUCCCACCUAUCUCCGAUCUGCGGUGAUGAUUGCAUCCCCUUCCCCCCCCCCUCCCCGUCUCCGGAGCCGCGAGUCGCCCUUCCCUCUCUGCCGGAGCGGUGAGCAUACUUGUACGGCAGCACUAAAGCGGUCGUGAUGUAAUUAUUAACAUUGCCUCUCCGACGAGUACUGUAGGGUACUAAAAUCACGUUUGCAGAAUAAAUAUACUUUAAAUGGG